AUGGAGGCCAGAGUGCUCUCGGACGAGGCUGUGUCUGCUGCCUGCAAUGAAGGACACCCCAUGACCAAGGACUUCAUGAUGCAGCAGACGAUGCUGCGGGUCAAAGAUCCGGCUCGAUCUCUGGACUUCUACACUCGAAUCCUGGGCAUGACGUUGCUGCAGAAAAUCGACUUCCCUUCGAUGAAUUUCAGCCUCUACUACCUGGGCUACGAGGACAAGUCGGACAUCCCGACCAACAUCCGAGACAGGACAGCGUGGACUUUCUCCCGCAGGGGCACUCUGGAGCUCACACAUAACUGGGGUUCAGAGCUGGAUGAGAGUCUGUCCUACCACAACGGAAACAACAAACCAAUGGGAUUUGGUCACAUUGGCAUCAUUGUUCCUGAUGUUAAAGCUGCCUGCAGAUUAUUUAAAGAGCAAGGAGUGAAGUUUGUCAAGAACCCAGACUCAGGUACAGUGCAGGGUCAGAUCUUCAUUAAGGAUCCCGAUGGCUACUGGAUUGAGAUUUUAAAUCCUAACAGGAUGGUCUCCUCAAUGUUCCCUUAAACAGGAGACACA